AUAAGCUAAAUAUUGCAAAUUACAAUGUCUUCUUCCAUUGUUUAUCUAUUAAGCCUUGCUUUCCUUCUCCAAACAGCGUUCGGAGCUGAUCCUCUCUUCCAUAUUUGUUCCAACUCUGGGAAUUUCUCCACCUACAAUGAUCCUUAUGAAGCCAACUUAAAUGUGCUCACUGGCUACCUCUCCAUUCAAGCUCCUUCUUCAGGAUUCGGCCUCGGUUCCAUAGGUCAAAACCCCAACCAAGCUUAUGGCCUCGCACUUUGUAGAGGCGAUGUGUCGACCCCGGACUGUAAAACCUGUGUUGUGGAAGCAGGCAGUGAAAUACGGAAACGCUGCCCUUACGACAAAGGUGCAAUCAUUUGGUACGAUAACUGUCUUUUCAAGUACGCAAACAUGGAGUUCUUUGGCCAUGUUGAUAACCAAAACAAGUUCUACAUGUGGAACUUGAACAACGUGAGUGAACCCCAGUCGUUCAAUGCGAAGACCAAGGAACUGCUGAGCGAUUUGGCUACCCAAGCUUAUGCAAAUCCCAAAAUGUAUGCAGCUGGAGAGAUGGAGCUGAACGGAUCGAAGAAACUUUACGGCUUGACUCAGUGCACCAGGGACCUUUCCAGCACUGAGUGCAAGAAGUGUCUUGAUGGCAUAAUCGGGGAGCUUCCAAGCUGCUGUGAUGGCAAAGAAGGAGGAAGAGUGGUUGGUGGGAGUUGUAACUUUAGAUAUGAAAUUUACCCUUUCCUUAAUGCUUAAUUAAACCUUCCUGAAACGAAACUAUGCCCAUCUAUAAAUAAUGUUACUUGUAUGUUGGUAUGGAAAUAUAUUGUAUUCUGUCAUUGUUGAAUAAAUAAAAAUUUAUGUUUUUUAAA